CAUAAACUCAAAUUUAAGCAACCCAAGCAGUUAUUGAUUUAGAAAAUAUAUAACUAAAAGUACAUUUGCUGGAAGUUAAAAAAAAUCUGUGGGCAAAAUGCAAGAAGUAGAGAAUGAUCCAAAGCGAACUAAAAGUUACGUGGAAGAAGUAUUUCGCAAAGUGCAGGCCAAACCCGGCGUGGAGGACAUAUUGAUCAUGAAUCACUCGGGUGUGCCGGUGAAAACCUCGAUGGAUCGUCAGGACGGUUUGCAGUACGCCUGUCUAUAUGACAAUUUGCGGGAGAAGUGCCAGGCGUUCCUCUCCAAAAUGGAGCCAGCCCAAAAUUUGACUCUAUUGAGAGUUCGUACCAAAUAUCACGAGGUGCUCAUUACACCAGAUGCCAAAAUCACCGUUUUGGUGGUUCAGAAUGCCAAGGAUACUUUUCUUAACAUAAAGGGAUAGCAUUGAUAUUAUGAUGUUUAUAAUUACCACACAAGUAUUAAAUAAAGUUUUCAGUUGGACGAUUGCUAUUACCAACUGAAAGUCUUUGA